CGGCGGUGGUGGCGGUCCCCGGUGGCGGCCCGGGAGGGCAACGCGGGGCCGGGCGGGCAGACGCAACGCCGCGCCUGGAGACCUGAAUUCUCCCUGAGGAGACCUGACCUCAGCAGGGCUCCCGCGGACGUGUGGCGUUCGUAAGCAGCUCCCUCCCCCCCCCCCCCCCCCUUACCGCCCUAGGCCUGAGGGGAGGUCACCGCCGCGGUCAGGCACCCGGCCGCGCUCCCUCCCCUCAAGGAGAAGCUGCGGAGGAGACCUCCGGGAAAGGAGGGGAAAGCAGACAGAUGCUUUUGGGUGCCCCAUGGCUGCAGCUGCCUCAGUUCAUUCAUUUAUUGCCUAUUGUAACUUGGAAUCAUUCUUUAGGUCAGUUCAUCUUCUGGGACCCAUCCCUGCCUUCUGGUUAAGGAAUCUAUGCACACAUACAGGAUGACUCAACAGAGGGAUGGAUGUUCAGAUACCAGAAAGGUGCUGGUAACUUGACAGGAACUUCCACAUUCUUUGGAGGGACCUACUGUACGUGAGACCUUUCAGGAAACUGUGCAGUUUGAAUACAUCAAAUCGUUCCAGUAUCUGAAACUUUCAUGAUGAAGAGAGCUAGGCAGACGGUUGUGGUUGAAAAUGAAGCUCCUCAAACAUCACAGAAAAGCAAAAAACAGAAAACUUGUUUAUACGGCUCAGUGUUUGGUGAAUCUAACUUGCACGCCUCAAUGGACUGGGGAGGCCUUCCGCACCAUGUUGUUCUGCGUAUUUUUCAGUUUCUACCUUUAGUAGAUCGAGCCAGGGCAUCUUCUGUUUGUCGAAGGUGGAAUGAAAUUUUUCACAUCCCAGAUCUCUGGAGGAGAUUUGAAUUUGAACUUAGCCAGCCAGCUACUUCUUACUUAAAGUCUACACAUCCUGAUCUCAUUCAGCAGAUUAUCAAGAGGCAUGCUGAUCAUCUGCAGUACGUCAGCUUCAAGGUUGAUAGCAGUACUGAGUCAGCAGAAGCAGCCUGUGACAUCCUUUCUCAGUUGGUGAACUGUUCUAUCAAGACACUGGGUUUGAUUUCUACAGCAAAACCAAGCUUCAUGAAUGUCUCUAAGGCCCAUUUUGCUUCAGCACUGACAGUAGUUUUUGUAAACUCCAAGUCAUUAUCAUCAAUCAAGGUAGAUGACACACCACUUGAUGAUCCUUCCUUGAAGGUUCUUGUUGCUAACAAUAGUGAUACUCUAAAACUGCUAAAAAUGAGCAGCUGUCCUCAUGUAUCACCUGCUGGAAUUCUUUGUGUUGCUGACCAGUGUCAUGGACUUAAGGAGCUGGCUUUGAACUACUACAUAUUAAGUGAUGAACUGCUGCUGGCUCUUUCAAGUGAAAAACAUGUUGAUCUUGAACACCUUCGCAUAGAUGUUGUGAGUGAAAAUCCUGGACAAGUUCAAUUUCACACUAUUAAAAAGCAAAGCUGGGAUGCUUUUGUUAAACACUCCCCCAAAGUCAACAUCGUGAUGUAUUUCUUCUUAUAUGAAGAAGAAUUUGAUGCUUUCUUCAGAGAGGAAACCCCUGUGACACACCUUUACUUUGGUCGUGCAGUAAGCAAAGCAAUGUUAGGUCGUAUUGGCAUGAAUUGCCCAAGGUUAAUUGAGUUGGUUGUGUGUGCUAAUGGACUUCAACCUUUGGACGACGAACUUAUUCGGAUUGCUGAGCGCUGUAAGAACUUAACAGCAAUGGGACUUGGUGAAUGUGAAGUAACUUGCAGAGGUUUUAUUGAAUUUGUAAAGAUGUGUGGGGGCAGGCUUACCCAGCUUUCUAUAAUGGAGGAGGUACUGAUUCCAGAUAGCGAUUAUAGCUUAGAUCGCCUUCAUUUGGAAGUCUCCAAACACCUUGGAAGAAUGUGGUUUCCUGAUAUGAUGCCAACGUGGUAAAUUCUCUGCAUUUUUCGGUAAAAUGGUAGAAUCAGGGUGUUGCUUUCUAUGCAAAUAAAAAAUUUAAAAAUGAAAUGUGAAAACUUAUUUCCAGAUUUGAGUUUUUCUACCAUGAGAACCUCUAGUAGUGUAACAGCAAAACAUUCUAGAAUGUUAAUGGUAUAUUGAAAUACAAAAUAGAUUAAGUGUACUUAACACUUCUGAAAGUAUGUCUGUGGUUUACAGGUGCUUCAAACUUCAGUGAACUUGGGCUUCUCUGAGCUUCAGUUUAAAUAUUCCAUUCACAUUAAAGUUGGUUGGGUUUUUUGGCAUUUUUUUAAUGUCUUUGUUUAGUCUUUCUGAUGUAUUUAGAAGAGGACUAGAGAAACUUUUUUCCUUAAGCAAAUCCAUCUUUAUGGGAAGCUGGAUACAACUUUGAGUUCAGUAGUAUUUGUCAUGAUGUUCUAUGCAGCUAUUUUUCAAAAUAUUCAUGUUAUAAAUGUAAAAGCUUGUACAUUAAAAUACACUAGCCCAGGUUACUCAAAUAUAAUCUAGCUUAAACUCAUGGCAGUGUAUUAAAAUGUUGUGGUAAAUAAGCUUAUGAUUACAAAAAACUUUUCCAGUUUUAAAUUGCACUUUAAAUAAUUUUGUCAGAUUAGCUACACUGUAGAGACUACAUUGUACAGUAUGUUGUUUUUCUGUCUUACGCAUUAAAUUGAUGGGAAAGAGACCUUGUUAAAAUUAAUGGAUUUAAAAGUUUGGAUCUAGAUUGAUUGGGUGAAUGACAAAGCACUUUGGAAACUGUGGAGUAUAAGGAAUAGCUUCUGGAUUUGGGAGAGUUCAAGUCUUUGAUUACAAAGAUUGAUGUCUGAAUGCUGUUCCAUGCUUUCAUAUUUAAGAGAUAAGAAGAAUCUCAUAAAUGUGGCUAGUGAGAAGGAAGGAUCAAAUGGAGUACAGUUGUCUUUGAUUGCUUUCUAUCUGGAAUUAAGGAUUUAGAGCACUUAAUAAAUAAAUUCUUUGUCAGUUAAGAGGCCAAAAUAGCCUGUAGUAAUCUUGCCUGUAUCUCACAGAGCUGUGCUGUAAGCCCCAGUUCCUAGAGUAAGGGUUGCUGGAGGUGAUCCUGAAAUUUUUAAUUCAGGACUGUUUAAUACUUGUUGCUAUUAAUUGGUUUUUGAGUAAGAAGAUUUUAUUUUAUUUCUUGAUUUUGUUUAAAGGGGAAAGGAAUGGUGAGUUGAUGUGAAUUAGAGUGUUUUUGUGUUGACAUUUUGCGCACUGUAAACUCAAAUGCAUUGUAUACAAAUUUUGCUGUAAUUAUUUUCAUGCUGUAGUUGUUCUGUCUUCCUAUUUAUAAUGAGAAGUCUACAUUUGAUUUGAUGGUGGUAUAUGUCACAUCAGAUAAAAUGGCAGUUUCUUCCACACUUAUACUUCUUUACUGCAAAAAUAACAGCUAACGGGUUAAACCACCAUUGUCUUGGACAGACUUGUUCCCAGUUGCAAGCUAAAGGCUUUAAGAUAACAUGUAAUGCCUGUCUGAAUCAGUAAUGCAUUAUUGCCUGUUGCGCAGUUAAGAAGCAUUUGACUCUGGUUACUAGCACCUGUUACCCAAGCACUUGCUUCCAUAAUUAAGGGGAUUAUAAUUGUUUCUUAAACAAAAGACUGAAAUAUUUCUAAACAGUAUUUGGUUUAAGAUGUGUGGUUUGCUUUAAAUGUAAACAUAAUAAAGUGAUCUAAUAUGUGCACUGA